AUCUUCUUUUACUUUCUUUGGUUGGAUCAACCAAAGCUCCAUUAAAUAUAUAACUCAACCUUGAACUUGAAGCUCCUCCAUUAUUAGUUAUACAUAAAGACACAAUGAGAACAUCUCUUCUUAUUAGCUUAUUUAUUUUGGUGCUGCUAUGCCAUACCAGCAGUACUGCUAGUAGCAAUGUCUCUUUGGGUUCACCACCACUCACUGCACAACUUGAUAAAAUCGAGUCAUGGCUAUCGCCAUCUGGUGAAUUCGCCUUUGGUUUCCAGCAAAUCCAAAAAGGUGGCUUCCUUCUUGCUAUCUGGUUCAACAAAAUACCUCAGAAAACCAUUGUUUGGUCAGCCAAUGGAAACAAUCUUGUUCACCAAGGCUCCAUCGUUGAACUAACCAGCCUUGGCUUAGUUUUGAGAGACUCAACAGGAAAAGAGGUAUGGUCUACUGUUGUCUCGGGUCUUGGAGUUGACCAUGCAGCCAUGUUCGACACUGGGAAUUUAGUGCUUGCAAACCAGAACAAUGUCAGUCUUUGGGAGAGUUUUUCGAACCCAACAGACACAUUGUUGCCUAGCCAAAUUCUUGGUCAAGACACACAGCUCGCUGCUAGGUACUCUGAGUCAAAUUACACAAAAGGGAAGUUUUAUGUUAAAGUUGACGAGGGAAAUCUAGUGUUCUACGUUAGACAACUCUCGACGCUUAGUGAAGGUGAUAUUUCUUACUGGCCGGACAACCCAACCCCAAGCAACGGCGUAAGGGUGACUUUUAACAAAUCUGGCUCUAUUUACUUGCAAGCACAGAAUGGAACCAUAACUCAGGAGUUGAUACCACCAAUCUCUACGGUUCCAAAAAGCUUCUACCAAAGAGCAACUCUUGAAUAUGAUGGUGUUCUCCGUCGUUAUGUCUACCCAAAAGAAGAUGGUUCGAAUUCUGGAGGAUGGCCCAGCAGGGAAUGGUCCCCAACUUUUUCAGGCAUACCAGAAAACAUAUGUUUAAGUAUUCAUGCUGAAAAGGGACCAGGGGUUUGUGGAUACAAUAGCUACUGCAAGCUAGAAGGAAAUGGCCGACCCAGUUGUUAUUGCCUCGAUGGUUACACCUUCGUUGAUUCGAAGGAUAAGAUGAUGAAGGGUUGCAAACCCAACUUUGAACCUCAAAAUUGUGAUGAAGAAUCAGAAGAUGUUAAGAAUUUUGUUAUGACUAGCGUGGACAACACAAAUUGGCCUCAGGGUGAUUAUGAAGUGUAUGCAUCAGUGUCAGAGGAUGAUUGUAGACAUGCUUGCUUGGUUGAUUGCUUCUGUGCUCUUGCCAUUUAUGGAUAUAACAAUUGUUGGAAGAAGAGAACUCCUUUCUCAAAUGGGGUGAAGGACCCCAGUAUUAGAUUAACAAAAACUCUGCUUAAAGUAAGAAAAGAAGGCUCAGCUAAUACCAAGUCAUGCGGAAACAUAGAUUCGAAAACGAAAGACAAAACAGUGCAGAAACUCGUUGGGUUUGUAAGUACAUCAGCUUUUCUCAAUAUCCUAUUACUAGCAACCUCAUUGGUUUUCUUUUUCCGCCUUCGUCGCAAGCCAUCAACCGCUGAAUCACAUCAGACCAUCACAAAUACAAAUUUGCAAAAUUUCACCGUUGGAGAACUAGAAAAGGCCACCAAUGGAUUCAAGGAACAACUGGGAGUUGGUGCCUUUGGAGUUGUUUUCAAAGGUGCUGUGGAUUUAGGCAACAGUAACAGUUUGGCAAUUGCUGUAAAAAAGUUGGACAACAACAUGGUAAAAGAAGGUGAGAAAGAAUUCAUGGCAGAAGUAAUGUCUAUUGGGCAUACAAAUCACAAGAAUUUGGUGCAGUUAAUUGGUUUUUGCAACGAGGGACAACACCGGCUUCUUGUUUAUGAGUGCAUGAGCAAUGGAUCCUUAGGAAGCUUUCUUUUUGGAUCAUCAAAUAAGCCAAAGUGGCACCAAAGAAUGCAAAUUGCUUUGGGGAUUGCAAGGGGGCUAGUUUACUUGCAUGAAGAGUGCAGCACCCAAAUCAUACACUGUGAUAUCAAGCCUCAAAACAUCCUCCUAGACGACUCAUACACAGCAAGAAUUUCUGAUUUUGGAUUGGCCAAGAUCUUGAAGACUGGCCAGACUCAAACCAUGACUGGAAUAAGAGGAACCAGAGGAUAUGUAGCCCCUGAAUGGUUUAGAAACACGGCUGUAACAGCAAAGGUGGAUGUAUACAGCUAUGGCAUUCUGCUGUUGGAGCUAAUAUGUUGCAGGAAAAAUGUUGAAGAAAAGGUUGAUGAUGCUCAAAAAAUAUUGGCUGAUUGGGCAUGUGAUUGCUAUGAAGCUGGGAAAGUAGAGUUUCUUGUUGAGAAUGAUGAAGAGGCCAUGAUGGAGGUGAAGAUGGUUGAGAAGUAUGUGAUGGUUGCUAUAUGGUGCAUCCAAGAGGACCCUUCACUACGACCUACUAUGAAGAAAGUUGCCCAGAUGCUUGAAGGAAGUGUUAAGGUUUCCACUCCUCCACCCCCAAAUUCAUUCAUUAGUUCAUUAUAGUUCUAUAUUUAUAUGCAUAUAGAAGAUCAAUCUAGGAGGAGAUUUACAUUGAGUGAGUGUGUAUCAUAAGUGGACUAAUUGGUUUUGUAUUGAAAAUUUGAGACUAAUCUUGGACUGUAUUUGAUCGUAAUAGUGAAGUGCUCAUGAUGAUUCUCAAAUCACAAAUUUCUACUUGAAGUUUGCUGUGAUUGUAUUAGUUUUUAUUGUCAUGUUAGUUGUCUUGAAGUGGUAUUUACAAUAUUCUCUUC